AAAAACACACACUCUCUCUCUCUCGGGUUCUUGCCUCUUGCUCACAGUAACACCACAAAAUUCACCUGAAAACGGGGAUAACGAUAUAUCCGGAUAUAGAAAGUAACCGAUGCAGCCGGAGAGUGGCGCCGGAGGCGGCGGAAGUGAGCCGAGCCGAGGAGCAGGACUGACGCGCUUCCGCUCAGCUCCGGCGACCUGGUUGGAAGCGCUCCUGGAUUCCGACACGGAAAACGACGUCGUUCUCGACCCUCCUCCGAUACUUCCUUCUUCUAGCAAGCCUCCACCGCACCCGCACUCUCAACCCUUGCCUACGCCACCAGCUCAGCUUAAGCAGGCGUCUGUUGGCGGAAGUGGCUCCAGAUACGCCGCCGAUCUGGGCCUAUUCGAGUCCGGAGGCGGUGGCGGGGAAGCAGCAUCUGGACUUAGUAAUUUCGUCAGGCAGAACAGCUCUCCGGCGGAGUUUCUCUCUCAGAUCAGCUCAGAUAUCUUCUUCCCCAGCUUCGGAGCUCCGCCCAGCUACGACUACCUUUCUUCUCCCAUGGAUGUGGCUCAGUCAGCUAAGCGGCCCAGAGAGGCCGAUUCCCAAAGCCCCUCCGCUAAAUUAUCAUCUCCCUUGAAAGGAGAACAAAGUGGGCGAUUACGCAGUGCUGGUGGGUCGUUGGAUGCAGAAAUGGAGAAGAUGAUGGAAGAUUUAGUCCCAUGCAGGGUUAGAGCAAAGCGUGGUUGUGCUACCCAUCCCCGAAGUAUUGCAGAGAGGGUUAGAAGAACGCGAAUUAGUGACAGGAUAAGGAAGCUUCAGGAGCUUGUGCCUAAUAUGGAUAAGCAAACUAAUACGGCUGACAUGUUGGAAGAAGCAGUAGAAUAUGUCAAGUUUCUACAGAAGCAGAUUCAGGAACUCACCGAGCAUCAGAAGAAAUGCACUUGCUCCACGACCGAGCAAUGAGAGAGAGAAAGAGAGAGAUCACUGAGGGUUUCCUGCAGUAAAUAGGCAAUAAUAUGGGGUUUUGGUAUCUCGGAUACAAUCAUCCGAGAUAUGGUAUUUUCUCUUUUAUGUCAUACUAUUCUGCAUGUCUAGAUGUUGGCAAGUAGAACCCAUAAUUUUUACAGUAGAAUUCACGCUCAAUCAGCUCUAGCUACUCCACGCAUAAUAACCUAGAUUAUUGUAUUCCUACUUGUAAAAUGCUGUAUAAAGUAGUAUCGUUCAAUAAGAUAGUCACAAAUCUUCACCUGAAAAUCUAUGUUCAUGACGAUGUACUUAAAAAAUUCGUGCCCAUACUCCUGCAGCAUAGUGGGUCAAUAUCAGAUCAACAAGUAUCUUUCUUUACUAUGAA